AUGCGUCAGCAACAACAACAGCAGCAGCAGCAGCAACAGCAGCAGAACUCUCAACAUCAGCCUCAGCAACCCCCACAACAACAGCAGCAACAACAACAUCAAUCUCAUUUAUCCCGAUUCUCCCCUUUGCCUGCGGGCCAAAAUCAAUCUUCAGCGCAGUCGCAGUCCACGUCACAGCCCUCUCAAGUGCCUGCAUCCAGUUCUAAUCCUCAAGGCUCAAGCUACGACCAGUUAAUUGAUGUUAUGGGCUAUAGCGGUGUGGACUUACGUGCAGAAGAAGCGUUUAUCCAACAAAAUGGAGCCCAUUGGGAUGAUGCGCACGCUGCCUCUGUCAUCAACUCUGCCGGACUUGCACAUGCUUUAUACCUAAACGUAUACCCUUUGUCCAGUAUGGUGCACCGGAUCGCUAAGCAAUAUGGGUUGAAGGUGGACGCAACUACUCUUGAUUACCUCUCGGUUGCAACCCGAAUGCGAUUCCGUAAUCUACUAGAGUCCAUGAUUCGUGCAUCCCGACACCGUGCGUGGUCUUCACAUCAACGAAAUCCACCAAUGUACUCGGAGUUGCUCCCGGAUGGAUCUCAGAAAGCGAUGUAUCAUGAAGAAAUGCUAUCGAACCCCAUGAAACAACUAGCUGGAAUCGAGAAGGCCGAACGUAUUGAAGAAGGUAACUGGCGUCGAAUGCGCAUUGAACGCGAAGAAAACGAAGCAGCUGCCAUGGAAGCUGGUGGCGAUGAUGCAACUCCGAAAAAUAAGAAGCGAUCGAGCACAUCCUCUCGUAAUUUGUCCGAAGACGUGAGAAAACGACUUGCCGAUAGCACGGCUAUGCGACAUCUGGGUGCUAAUAACGUGACAUCUAAAUAUUCCUGGCUUCAGUCGCCAGCAACCCGCACACCCUCUCGUGUGCGUGAGACCGGUGAGCAACAAUCGCACCAACAGCAAGCAGAGUCAACAAGCUCGCCCAAAACGAACUCGUCCUUACCAAAACCAAAAUUCGCACCUAGUGCAGGCCUCCGUGCUCCAGCAGCGCAAGCUGCUCAUGCAGGUGCAUGGAGUGACGUCGCCAUGCGUCAAGCAGCAAAGAGAGAACAGGAACGUAUUGCGCGCGCUCGGGUGACCAUGCAUGAUGCUUUGGCAGCUCUGGAGCGAGAGCAGGCUGGAGGUGCUGGCCAUGGCGCAAGAAGGCGAGCUCUGUAUCUGGCACAGGCCUACGGAGGCAGCCGCGGCUUUUCGUAA